AUGUGCGUAAGCAUCGACAACGUUACCGACAACACAACACGCACCUGCAGCCCCAUUGUGCGGCAGGCGUCGCCACUCACAUCUGGGGAGCCGAUUCAAGACAGCGCCAUAUGGGAAGUAAACUGCACCUACAACAUUCCAGAGGACACCUAUGAUAUUCUAGUGUUAAGUGAGGAAGCAAGAGACCACACCCCAUAUCGGUCCAACGUGAGCUGGGUCUUCCGUGGCUUAGCGAAUAGCCAAGAGGAGGAGCUGCCGAGCCCCGUUCAAGACCCUCUGUAUUUACAAACCAAAGCCUAUCGUGGUCUUGCAAAUCUGACGCAGCUUUCGUCGGGACAAGAUCAGGGAAAACCGAUUCGGACAAUAGUGGCGGGCGCAGAUAUCCUGACCACUAGGUCAACAUCCUUUUCCACCUCUGUAGGGCCGCCUGAUGUUGAGGUCCACCGUGUUCUUUUCUACUAUUGCGCUAAAACGUACUCGAACUAUACUUCAGCACCAGACGACUGGACCAGGCGAUACCUGCCCAAGUUCACAGAGCCGCUUCGAAGACGCCAUCUCGACGACCGCGACGACAGCGUGUACUGGGUGGCCCCGUCAACAGACACGGAAUUGGUGCUGGACCCUCAGUCUCGGGACUACGUCAUGGAUACAGUUGCUUUCUUCCUGAAAGAAAUGCCAAAUAGCCUCACAUCUGAGUCACCCUCCUCAAUAAAAAGAAUGAUCAGCCUUACUCAGGAACAAUACGUCCUGAAAAAUCCGUUGAGCGCCUGGAUACUGCUCAACGGGCUCAAGACCGCCAUGUGGAAUAUGGCAGAGACCUUAGACGGUCUCAUACAGAGCAAAGAGCACGGCGAUAAUAUUGAAGGGCAACUCUUUGGGGGAGAAAUGUUGACAGAGGAAGUUUACUUCCACGUACGUUGGGCCUGGAUGACAGUCAUUGCCCUUGAGACACUAUGCGUCACACUUCUCCUCACAUUUACCGUGAUUUCAACACGAAAGGACAGCCUCGUCAAGGACUCGAGCUUCGCCUUGCUGGUGCAUAAUCUGAGUGGGUGGGAUAAGGUGCGCGUGCCUGAGCUUGAGAACACGGGAGCUCUUGAUAGAUUGGCAAAGACCAUGACAGCAAAGCUAGAGGUGGACGAGGACGAGAUACUCAAGUUCCGACCACAGGAUGGAGGUCAAAAGGACAGUCUUUUCCAGUAA